UCAGCGUAAACUGAUGCCAGAAACAAGAUUUCACAGCUCGUAGGAGGUUUUAGACACUUAGUCAUAAGGAAGCGAGUUAUAAUAAAUUCUAGUUUUAAGAAAGCGCCAUAAAGACCACGUGCAAAGCUCAACACUAACAUGAAUUUGACGGUUGCUGCGGAGCGCUUCUAACGAGAGGGACGAUUUUGAAGUUUGUUGGAACACGCGACACUCGGAUUAUCAAAAGCGUAUUUUCUCAACCAUUUUUGGGUGGACGAAACAAAAUACAAAAGCAGCCAGAGUUUCACUGGUUAAUCCCGCGCAAUAACUUUGAGAGUGAUCCCACCACCUUUUGACUUCUUUACUAGACUGCGAACAAAUAACGGCAGGCGAUGGUGAACAGUCGCGUAGAAAGCACCGCCGUCGCGGUAACAGGAGGUAGCGGUGGGGCAGUGCGCUCCUGCGCGGGCUGCGGAGGUCGGAUCUCGGAUCGCUUCCUGCUCUUCUCCAUGGAUCGGUACUGGCACACGCGCUGCCUCAAGUGCUCCUGCUGCCAAGCUCAGCUGGGAGAGAUCGGCAGCACCUGCUUCAGCAAAGGAGGAAUGAUCCUCUGCAGGAACGAUUACAUCAGGUUGUUUGGUCACAGUGGAGCCUGCAGUGCAUGUGGACAGUCUAUCCCUGCCAGUGAGAUGGUCAUGAGGGCCCAGGGCAACGUCUACCAUCUAAAGUGUUUCACUUGUGCCACAUGUCGAAAUCGUUUGGUGCCUGGUGACCGAUUUCACUACGUCAACGGCACCAUCUUUUGUGAACAUGACCGACCAGGUGGAGCUUUGCUCAGUAGUCACCUAACCCCCCUGCAGAGCAACACCCUCCUACCUGACCAAAAGGUGUGCUGAGAAAACAUGAAUUUAUAAUUUGCGGUGUGCCUUCUCUUCAUAUUUUUCCUCACAUCUUCCCUCCAAUAUAUCAUUGUGAAUGUCCACCCACACCCAAGAUCUUCCACUCCACCUUCGUGCAUCCAGCCACCUUAGAAGAAUUCAGAACUACGCAAGUACUGUGAGUCACUUGCGAGACAAUCACCCCUAACGAGGGAAACAUAAUCAAAUUGAAGAAAGCCACAGAAUCUGAAAAUGAUCAUAUGCACUCAUAUGUGGUCUAUCUGGUUAUGGCUGGGAUGGCCCGACCCUGAAAGCCUUAGACUCUAUUAAAGAGCAGCUUAUUUAAAGCUCAACAUGAUUUUGUUUCCUUUUGAGAAGUUUCUCAAGGAACGUUGUGGACGUUACCUGACAUUUCGGACUGCGGAGGUCUACGGACUAUAAUAGAUAUCACUUCUCACCCACAAAACGACAUCCAUUGAUCAAAAGACUGUUAAAACUCACUGUUUCGUUUCAGUGGUGGUUGCCUUUUGCUUAAAGUCCCUUUUCACUUUGUGUAAGUUUAUUCUGUCUUUUUUGAAAGCGUUUUGUCGUCUUUGGUGCCUAAAAACAUUUUUAUGUCCAGUUUUUCCUCCUUUGUCAUUUACUUCCUAUUAGCGAGUAAUCAUACACAUGCACAGUACAGAUACGUGAACAUGUAUUGUUUUGUCUAUUCGAGUUUGACGUAUGAAGCGCUCUUUUUUUGAAAGAGUCGUAGUCUCCAGAGGAAACAGCAUGUUUUUUUUUCCAUGGUUUGGUAGAAUAAAUUAUAUGUCUGUAUGCAUAUUCUCUAAUAGAGACUGCUAUUCAGUGUCUGCCAAGACUUUUGGGAGAGUGAGAGAGAUGGAGGGUAAAAAUUGUAUAUAUUUCAUGUGCUGUUGUAUCGUGUUCAAUGGUUGACCUGUUUCCUUGUGUCCUCUGUUCAAAUGGAGGAACGUUCAAAGAUAAGAUAUCUGUAAAAGAAAAAAAGUACUUAAUUAAAUAACUAUAACCAUCACAUAUGCAGUCUUGACAUCUCUGCUCAGCGUACAUCAACAUUUGAUGGUUUUGGCUUGAAACUCAUUGGAAGUCAAGACGGCUCUCCAAUAGUCCUUGGCCAAAAACAUGGUUCAUUACCUUCCAGAUUUCAACAUAAACUCUUGCAUCUGCAUCAUUAUAGAGAGUAAUGAAAGGCAUUUGAGCUGGCACUUUCUCUUUCUCCUGCCGUGAUUUCAAUCUUGCUAAAGGGAGGUCUUGUGCAUCUCUGUGAACGUCGCUACAGAAAUUACCACUAUAUUCCCGCCCUUUUCUUUCAUUUUUUUUGGCCCUCCUCUCAAGAUUUCAUUUACUUCUUCAAAAUCUGCCUUUUUCUGAUCUGAUUUGCUGAGGUUUGAGAAGUUUUCUCAUUAUGGCAUUCCUGGUAAUUGCUUUUUGGCAUUAAACUCCCCCAUAUCUUGUUUAUUUAAUUAGCUAAUUAAACCCAUCUCUCUUUUUUUCAACUACCUUUGGCCUGCAAUCACAAGGUGUUCGUUUCCAAUUUACUUUUACGAUUAAUAAAAAAUGUUCCUUUCCCUUUGCGUUUCUUAUGAGAAAAAUGGAAGCCAAGCAUGCCUCAUUAUGCUGUGUGUGUGUGUUGGGUAGGGGGUGUAAAAGCCAGCUGUGACUUUUCACAUUGAAGAAUUCGAUGUGUGUUUGUGGAAUCUUAAAAGUGCUGGGUUAGAUCACACUGAAAUAAACUAUAUUUAGUGUGUUUUCCUUUAUAUUAUUAAAUGUUACGUAGUUUUAAACAGAUAUGUACUGGGCACAGCCAGUUGUUUUGUCAUCACAGUGCAAAACACUUAUUUUUUUUAAUCACAUUUGUUGAUAGAAUAAAAUAUUUACGAUAAGAUCAUCUAAUCAUUAUGUUAAUGUAAAAUAUAAACUUUGUUUAUUUUUUGCAAUGACUGUAUGGUACUCUCUUGGUGGGCAGAUAAAAGUUACAAGAGGAUAACAAUU